AAUAUUUUUUUUUUUUUUUUUUUUUUUAAUGAUUUAGAUAAUUUCAUCGAGUUUUAUUAUAUUCGAUAUAAUCACGAUUUGAUACCACGUUGAAAAAAGGAUCUGCGGGAUAAAAAAAAGUUAACAAAAUUUUUUUUUGAUUUCACCACUUUUUGGCUUAUUACGUGGAUUAUUACACUUUUUGGAUUAUUACAACUUUUGACUUAUUACAAAAUUUUGGAAUAUUACAACUUUUGGAUUAUUACUACUUUUCAACUUUUGAGCUUUACUUUUUCACCUUUUGACUGAUUAUCGUUACCAUUACCUUUACCGCUAUCGUUACCAUUACCAUUACCGCUAUCGUUGCCAUUACCGCCACCGUUACCGCUACCGUUACAAAUCACCUAAAUCAACACUUAAAUCACACAUAAAUAUGAUUCCAACAAAUCCAAAUUUUACAUAUCCUACAAAUCUUGAAUUAAAUGGAUUAGAAUCUACACUUAAAAGAUUCGCAAAUUAUCCAGAAUCUAAAAUAAAAGAUGAAAUAAUUUCAAAAUUAGUAGAAGAAAUAGGAUUACAAGGUCGUACAUUUCAUUUAUUAACAAAAGCAAGUUUAACACAAUGUCAAGGAACAUUUUCUUCUUCAACAUCAAAUAUUAUUCAAUUACUUGAAAAUUUUAAAACUAAAGAAUUAGUAAAUAUUAAACCAGAUUUAAUGAUAUCAGAAUUAGCAAAAGAAUUUGAUUUAAUUAAAAGUGGUUAUAAAGAUAUUUCUAAUACUUUACAAAAAAUUUCAAAAGAAUUUCAAUCUCAUAAAUCUUUUUUAAAUAAUGAACAAAAUUCACUUAAUCAAUCAAUUUUAAAUUUAAAAUAUUCUAUAAGACAAGAAAAAUUGAAUUCUAUAAAAACUGGUAUAAUUUUUGGUUUUGGUAUUGGAAGUUUAUCAAAUUUUACUACUGUUAUAAUUUUACCAAAAUUUGAUUGUGGUUUAACUUUAUUCACUUCAAUGUUUACUGGUGGUUUAUUAGGUUGGUAUUUUGGUAAUAAAUUAUCUUUUAAAUUUAAACAAGAAGUUCUUAUUAAAGAAAAUCAACUUGAUAAUUUAAUUCAAAAUUCUCAAUAUAUUGAUAAAGUUAUGGAUAAUAUUGAAUUAUUUAAAGAUGGUGUAAAUUUAUUUGAAACUUUUUGGUCUAGACAUCAUUAUCAUAUGAUAAGUACUCAAAAUUUUAUUCAUAAUGCAAGGAAAGGAACCGCUCAAAUAAGUAAUUUUAAUAUAAAAUCAAUUCUAAUUUCUUGGGAACGUGCAAAAGUUUCUUUAGAUAAUUAUGAAAUGACUGUUGAUUCUAUUACAAAAUAAUAAUAAAAAAAAUACUUUGAAAAAUUGUGGAUUUUAAUAAUAUGAAAUGUAUUAAAAUUUAUUAAAAAUUUAUUGAAAAUUUAUUGAAUUUAUUGAAUUUAUAAAUAUUAAUACAAUUAAAUAAUAUUAAUAAUGAUGAUUUAAUUAUUUGUUUGUUUGUUUAUUGUAAUUUAAAAUAGUUAUUUGUAAUUUCUGUGCAUACUUUAUUGCAUACCAGACAGAUACUUGCAUACGGCAUACCCC